CAUGACUUACUUCAUCACGACGACCCACUGCCAUUUUUUUUUACACCAACUGAUGAACAUGAUACUGUACAACAACUCAAGACAUUGGAUGAGGAUGAUUGCUGAUCAUGAUGAAGCGUCGCGAUCUCUUUCAUUGACUUACUCACUCAAAUUCACUCACUACUUCUACUGA